CCCUAUCUUUUAAAUAUAGAUUGAAUGAUGGCAUCUCCAGAAGAUGAACAAUCUUACCCGUUUGUAGAUAUAUAUGAUGAAGAUGAAGCUGACAGAGUCUUCCUUUUGUCCAAGCCUACUUGCUUCGUCAUCCUUGGAAAACCAGGUGCUGGGAAGAAAACCUUAGCUAAAAAAAUAGCCCAGUUUUGGAAGUGCACUCUUGUAGAUGCUUUUGAACUCAUAAAUGAAAACAUAACAGCUGAAACAGAAUAUGGACUGAAGUGUAAGGACCUGCUUUACCAAGGUCAAAAUGUUCCUGAAGAGUUGGUGAUAAAGAUGCUUAUGAUCAAGCUGGAAUCUCCAGAGAUUAAUCACUUUGGUUAUGUUCUCUGUGAUUUCCCUUCUCUUUCUGAGGAUUUCAUGUCUACACCAGAACAAAUCGACGUAAUUAAAAAUUUAAAAUUAAAACCAGAUUUCCUGAUUAAUAUUAAGUGUCCUAACAAUGACUUGUGCCAAAGAAUCACUGGUCAAAGACAGCAGCCUGACACAGGACAUAUAUUCAAAAGAGAAGAUUGGGAUCCUGAUAUUAUUGAAAAGCGUAAGAAAAAGAAGAAAGAAUUACGUAAAAGUGAAGAAGAGGAUGAGGAAGCAGAAGAGGAAGAAGAGGAAGAAGAGUCAAAUGAGGCUGAUCAAAUUAUGUUGACAGAAAUUUUGCCAACUUUAGUACAAAGGCCGGAAGAUUUUAUGGAAAAUGCACAAAAGAGAAUUGAUCUCUAUAAAGAUAUUAUGCUGCGUCCUCUAGAG